GCGGCACUCUCAGAAUCCUUUGGUCUGCCUGAGCUGAGCAACGGUGGGGUCGUAACGACCAUCUACCUUAUAUAACCAUGCAUCUCUCCCAUACUUUCACAUCAUCUCAAAUUUGCCCCACUGCAUCUUAACAUCAUUAUGGGAAGACUUACAAGGGCCUUCUCCCGGACUGGACAAUCGAGCAAAGAGAAAGAAGCACUGGACGCCAAGGUGGACAGUCCUGAGAAGAGUCCGUCGCCACCUCCGCCAACCUACAAGGAAGCAAAGGAAGACGAAUGGAACGCCAAAAACCCUCCCCACAUCGUCAAUGGAUUUGCUGAACUCGACUUGGGCUCAGAUGGUCCAGAUGUGCCACAGCCCAGAGACUGCGAAGCACAUCUAAAAUUGCUUGAGUGCUUCUACCGUUUGAAGCAAAGGAUUGCUAGGACCGAAGGACUGUUUGGCAUAUCUAUCAACAUCGUGAAGGAUCUCGAUGAGGUCGUACCACAAGCAAAGACCCAAGUCGAAAACAAGAACAACGAGAUAUCAACACUGCUUGCCGAGAAGCGAUGGCAAGUCUACGUCUCUCGUGCAGUGCAACGCUUUUCGGCAUGGAGGAACACUAUCGAGGCUGAAGCUGGUUACUAUACGCUGUCUCAAGCGACCUCUUUGAAAGGUCAUCGAUUGGCGCGUCUAGUAGAUCCUUUCCACGAGAACACAGAUGCAUUGUGCUUCGACCACAGCAACCUCAUACCCAUCGACAUCCUGAUGGUCUGGCAUUCGUAUAUGCUGAAUCCUAGAGCAUAUCUGGAAGACUGCGCACGCGAAGGCCGCAUGAAGAUGUGGCACACGCCAUUUCCAUCAAGGACUGUGGCCGAAUAUAUUGAUCCUUCAACAUACUAUUACGAGGUUGGCGACGCCGUAACGAGCGAGUUCGAGGAGCAAACCGGACUUCACUGGGACAACCUGGAUGAUCCCAACGAGACGAUCAUCAAGUGUCCUCAUUGCCUGGCCUCGAACACGACUAUCUGGACCAGGUGUGGGGAAGUUACUCAGAAGGCAAGAGAACGCGGGUCGACCAGGGGAAAUGCUCCCAUUCUUGGAGCCGUUCAAGAUCAACUCGGUGCCUCCCAAGGAUACGCUGACAAGGACUUUGCCUUGGAUUGUCACCAAUGUGGUAUGCAGAUCAAUCACGACUCCCUUUGUGUUGGAAAGCUCCGAGAAGAUCUGAAGAAGCUUCUGCAAGAUGAUGUUAUAUUGCCUGGCAACCUUCUAGGCAGGGAGGGGCUACCAACGAAAGUCGGACUGAUUUCCGACAGCACAGGCUGGGCAUAUUUCUCGUUCCCAAGCAGGCUGAUGAGGCUUGGUCUGGCAAGACAAAUCCUGGAUCUCAAAAGCUGCGACUUGAAGAUGCUCAGUGUUCGAGAAGUUGUCGAGGAGUAUCUUUCCAACAGACAAGCGGUCAAAGAAGCCAAAUGGAUAGGAACGACCUCCAAACCGUACCCUGACGAGUCGUUGGCUAUCCGUCGCAUGAUGUCGAGAUAUUGGGAGAACUCGUCUCCUUUCGCCAUCGACCUUGUUGGUGCCGUGACACGCCAGGGCUCUUUUAUCGAGAAGAUGCAUACUAUUGACUGGCUCCACUCUCCUGCGCUUUCUCACACGAUCCCUCGUUUGAUCCUCAAAUACACACGAUUCAUCGGCAUCAUCGCAAAGUACAGUAAGAUGGCCGUACCAACCCUCGAUGUAGACUUGGCAUGGCACACCCACCAGCUCAACCCAUCCCAAUAUCUCCAAUACACCGUUGCGAAGAGCAGAACAUUCAUCGACCACGACGACAAAGUGGUAGAAGCAAAACUCACAGACGCUUUUGCAGAGACCAGUAAGAUGUACCAGAGACUAUACGGAGAGCCAUACUCGGAAUGCACAUGCUGGUACUGUGAAGCCGUACGAGAAGCAAACACUUCAACCGCAUCACGCCUCUUCCGCAGCAACAACGCAACAGCAGCAGACAACCUCCACGACGUCCCCUCGGACCCUAAGAAAUCCGUCCACAUCUCCACCCACAACGCCGUGCGUCCAACAGGCGACAAAAGGUACGACGAAGGCGUCACAAGACGUCUAGCCGAGCUGGAAAAAGCAUACGCCAAAGCCUGCUCACGCGCAGACAAAAAGGGCAAAACUCGCCCGAAGCGAGACGACUAUUAUUACUCUGAUGCUUAUGGAUAUCCGGUGUAUAUGCCUGCUUAUGCGCCGUAUAUGGGUGCUAUGCCGUAUACACCCAUGGUGUAUCCUGUUUACCCGGGGUGUAUGGCUCUGGGGGUUGGUGCGGCUGGCAAUUGCUGUGCUGGGACUUGUGGGGCAGGUGCAGCGGCUGGGUCUUGUGGUGCUAUGGGUGGAUGUGGUGGAGCGGGUGGUGUUGCUGGUUGUGGAGGUGGAGGGGGUGGAGGUGGUUGCGGAGGAGGAGGAGGCGGCGGCGGCGGCGGCUGUGGAGGAGGCGGCGGUGGGUGUUAGAUCGAGAUGGCGCUGAUUUCACGAUUUUAUGAUUUUGGUGUGGGUGUUCCUAUACCAUAUCAAUUGUGCGAUUUUAUACCUUUACUCCAGAUCUUCUGUGACUUUGUCAUCUCACUACAACAUUCCUCAUCUGACCUAGAACAAGACAAAAACAACCAUGUUACAUCAGCAUCAGGUCCGUAAGUCCAUACUGCCUACAAUAUAGAUGAUAUAGAUGCGCAAUGAUAUGGCAAACCACAAUUACUCAUCAAAACUACGUAGAAAACCAAAAACCGCUUUCGCAUACCUUCUUAACCUCGAUUGCUCUUCGUUCUCCUCAAGAAACCUGCACAAAUUGUCCGAUACCAGGUACGCCAUCCACAACCACAUAGAUCACAUACGGACCCGGGGGCGCAAGAUUACUAGACGGCGGCAUAGUAACCGUAACACUCUGUCCUUGCACCCCGUCCU